AUGUCUCCAAUGUUUCGGAGUUUGGUCUGCAGUGUAUCAAAAUAUCUUUGGAAGACUUUAACCUCAAACAUUUGCGGUAUAUGCUCCCUCGCCGAAAUCCACAAGAGCCUGGGAAAAAUCUUUUGGGUUAUUUGUGAAUCCCCCGUCUCUGAUAUUCAUUCACGUAUGCGGCUUCAAUAUGUUCGUUUUUCGUUGGUCACGACAGAUGCUUUGAAUGGUUCCCACCAAAUCCCAUCAAAUUAUUUCUCUUUUCCAAAAGCACUUCUAAAUUUACGUUAUCCCCCUACCAUAUCAACCAUGUUUUCUCUCCCGCUCCUCGACGCCCCUCAAAUCAUCCUUUCGCUUGGUACCAUCUUCUUCUUAGGCUACUUCUUCUGCAUGGGCUUCAUCAUCACCCGCAUCCUCUACUACAAAGGCGAACUAGGUCCCCGACCCGAAAAAUUCCACAUCCGUCCUCACUACUCUGCCGACGAAGUCGAGAACGCUAAAGGCAGGCCAAAGUCCUCAUACGACGGCUCCAACUUCCUUAAUAGCCACGAUACUUCCGGCCCUGGUCAGCGUUCCCAACCGUACGUAAUACGUUACAACUUGCUAAAUUAA